AUGGCUUCGGCCAUGCGACAGCGCAGAAAACCUUCCAGACUGACCCUGACACAAGAUGUUGGCAAAACAGACACGGGCAGAAGAGCAGCCAAGAGGGACACAGCAGGCCCUUUUGCAGGGAUGAAUCAAACAGUGGCACGCCUACCUGUUGCCAGGCCACCUCGAGCAAUCCCCUCGCGGGUCAGAAUGGCCCUUAGGUCCCGGAUCAAGGAGCAGGCAACAGUAACUAAGUUGCAACCGAAGACUAUACCGGCUGUUGGUGAACACGGCGAUCGGGCUGUUGCGUCAAUUUCGUCUAAGGAUAAGGAGAAAAAGGACAAAGACGAACGACCACUGUUCCACGCAUUGAAAAUGCAGCAGAUCCUUACUCCUCUGUCUUACGGACAACGGACCAAACUGAAGCAGCAAAUGGAGAAGAUCGUUUCUUUUGAAGAGCUCGGAUUGAUGCCGUCAGUUGUCGACUCCAUCUAUACCCAAGUCCUGCCACAUCUGACAGAGUAUACACCCACUCCGAUACAGAAAUUGGCCAUUCUCGCACUCCUAAGCAGAAAGGGCGAAUUUCAGAAACAGAAGCACGUAGAUGCAGAUGGCAAUCCUGCCCCAAACAAAUACAAGUCGUUCCUACUCGCCGCAGAGACCGGUUCGGGAAAGACACUGGCCUAUCUGUUACCUGUCAUCAACGCUGUCAAACAACAAGAAGAGGUCGACCGCAACGCCGAGCUAGAGCGGGAGGGCCGAGCUAUCAAAGAAAGAGAAGAGCGAGAAGAAAACCGCGUUUUCGAAGCAGAACCCUCCAAAACCGAUGAAUCACCGCCGAACCAGUCAAUGGGCCGACCCAGAGCUCUUAUCCUCCUCCCCUCCUCCGAACUCGUCGCACAGGUCACAAAAGUUGUCAAAGUCAUCGGCCACACAGUAAAAUACCGCUCUGCGGGAAUUUCUUCCUCGAACACACCAACGGUUAUCCGUAACCGUCUCUUCAACCCCAAUGGGAUAGAUAUCCUGGUUUCCUCUCCUUAUUUAAUCGCUAGUAUCGCGAAAAAGGAGCCAAAUAUCCUCUCGCGCGUUCAAUAUCUGGUCAUGGACGAGGCCGACUCGCUCUUCGAUCGAUCCUUCAGCGAAACGACUUGCGAAAUCAUCGAUCGUGCGGCUCCUUCGUUGAAGCAGCUGAUCCUCUGCUCUGCCACCAUCCCAAACAGUCUGGACAGGUUCAUCGACAAGAGGUUUCCCGAUUGUAGACGUAUCGUUACACCAAAGCUACACACAAUCCCGCGUCGAGUACAGUUGGGUGCUGUGGAUAUCGACAAGGAUCCCUAUCGUGGCAGUCGCGACUUGGCAUGUGCGGACGUGAUUUGGACAUUAGGAAAGGCUGUACACGAAGACCUGAAUCCCAAAAACACGGUGAAACAUAUCCUCGUCUUCGUCAACGAGCGUGAAAAGGCGGAAGAAGUUGCUCGGUUCCUAGUAUCAAAGGGGAUCGAAGCCGUCGCAUUGACGAGAGAUACAACGGAACAGCGUCAGGCUGAAAUCCUCGCAACAUUCACUUCAGUCGAUCGUGUUGAAGGCUCUUCUAAACCGUCCCCUGCUCCAUCCUCGGCUUCAAAGAAACUCUUCAAAGACUUUGUUCCCUUCGACCGUGCCUCCACUCCUUCUACCUCUGGGUCAUCUCUCACCCAAACAUCUCGUCCAACGAGGCAUCUCCCGGAUGUCAAGGUUCUCGUGACCACCGACCUCGGUUCCCGCGGCGUCGACACCCUCGCGGUAAGGCACGUGGUGUUGUACGACGUCCCGCAUACGACAAUAGACUUUGUCCAUCGAUUGGGACGCAUGGGCAGAAUGAAUCGGCGAGGAAGGGGGAUUGUACUGAUGGGGGGCAAAGAUCGAAAGGACGUGAUUAGGGAGGUCAGGGAGGCUAUGUUUAGGGGGCAAGCCCUGAUCUGA